AUUGUAAUCAUUUAGAGAACGUAUUCAUCGCAUCACAACACAACACAACUCGCUCUGUCUACUUGGUUGAUCGCCGAAACACAGAAUUGACACAGAACCGCCAUGGCCACCAUUCUAUUCAAGGGAAUCGCAGCUCGCUCUCUCACCGCACGUCUAACUAGCUCCUGUUAUUAUGGAAUGAGAUACUCAACUAAGGUGUCUAAUGAUCCCGAUACACAUGAUGACUUCAAACCAGCUAGCAAACUUGAGAAUUCUGGCACUUCUUUGUCAGAUAUUGUUGAGCAGGAUGUCAAGGACAAUCCUGUUAUGCUUUACAUGAAAGGUGUACCUGAUUUUCCACAGUGUGGAUUUAGUUCCCUUGCAGUUAAAGUUUUAAAACAAUAUGAUGUUCCUUUAAGCGCUAGAAACAUUUUGGAGGAUCCUGAACUGAAAAAUGCUGUUAAAGCUUUCAGUCACUGGCCAACAUUUCCACAAGUUUUCAUUAAGGGAGAGUUUAUUGGUGGAUCAGAUAUUGUUCUUAAUAUGCACCAGACUGGUGAGUUGAAGGAAAAGCUUAAAGAUAUUGUGCCAAAGCAGUAAAAGCACAACUAAGCUGAUGGGAUUUAAAAAGAGAGAGGUAGUUUAGACCGACUUGUUCGAUGCAAUUUGUUUCUUUUGAUGAAAAGAUGACAUUAUGUGAUGUCUUUGUAUCAGAUUUUAUGGAUAGUUAUAAGUUAUUUGACGAAUAAAAAAUUGUUAAGGUAUAAAAAUUCCUUGUGCGUGCAUACGUUGCUUUAUUGUUUAUUUGUUGUACACAGUAUAAUAUUAAGAGUUUAAGACUGAACUUUUAUUCA